AUGGCAUCAGUCAAAGAAAUAAUAAAAGUACUCAUCAAGAUAUGGUUUGGGGAGACAUCCUAUUUCCAAACUGAAGACGAUCAUCUAAACUGCGCCAUAAUUAUCCUACUGCAAGGUUACACUGGCUGCCAACUAGCCAAGCUUACUGACGCUACUAAGAAACGAGGUAGCAGGAAUCCUUUGCAGGAGUUUAAUUGCAGUAACGGCGAGCCUAUGUCGGAGGGUAACCUUGCAGGCUACAAAACAGACACCACUGAGAUUGGCAGAGAAGAAGAAGAAGAAGAAGAAACGCCAGAUGAAGGCGACCAACGGCGACGCCCUGCCGCUACUCCGGAAGUUAAGACAGAGGAUAACCAUAUCCGGCUUACCAAAGCGCUAUGCUACGAGGACUUAAUACUGUGGAUCAUAAAAGACCCUAAAGGCGGCCGCAGGGACAUACUAGCCAUAGAGGUCGCCCUUAAGUUUUAUAAGAAUAUAAAUAGGAAGCCUAAGCUAUACAUAAACUACAAAUUAGGCUCUUUAUAG